CGUAUACGACGAGGACGUAACCGUUAACCAAAUGUUGGCGCCAAAAACACAUGAAACGGACGCCACGGAAAUACUCAACAAUUUACUAAAGGAAUAUGAUAAGAAGUUACGGCCAGACAUCGGAGUAAAGCCGACCGUCAUCGGUGUGGACAUCUUUGUGAACAGCAUUGGCCCUGUGUCCUCCAUCGACAUGGAGUACCAGAUAGACAUCAUCUUCGCCCAGACGUGGACAGACAGCAGGCUGAGCUACAACAGCACUAUGAAGAUCCUGACGCUGAACAGCAACAUGGUUGGCCUCAUCUGGCUGCCAGACACCAUUUUCAGGAACUCGAAGAACGCCGAAGCACACUGGAUCACCAUGCCCAACCAGCUGCUCCGGAUAUGGAACGAUGGCAAGAUCCUCUACACCCUGAGGCUGACCAUCAACGCAGAGUGUCAGCUGCAGCUGCACAACUUCCCAAUGGACCACCACUCGUGCCCCCUCAUCUUCUCCAGCUAUGGAUACCCACGGGACGAAUUGAUCUAUAAGUGGAGGAGGAACUCUGUGGAGGCGUCGGACCAGAAGUCCUGGAGGCUCUACCAGUUCGACUUCCGGGGCCUGAGAAACACCUCGGACAUCCUGAAGACGUCCACAGGGGACUAUGUGGUGAUGACGGUGUACUUCGACCUGAGCAGGAGGAUGGGCUAUUUCACCAUCCAGACGUACAUCCCCUGCAUCCUCACCGUCGUGCUCUCCUGGGUCUCCUUCUGGAUCAAGAAGGACGCUACACCAGCCAGGACGGCGCUAGGCAUCACCACAGUGCUGACCAUGACCACGCUCAGCUCUGUGGCGCGCACAUCCCUCCCACGCGUCUCCUACGUCACCGCCAUGGACCUCUUCGUCACCGUCUGCUUCCUGUUCGUCUUCGCGGCGCUCAUGGAGUACGCCACGCUCAACUACUACUCGGCCAGCGCACGCAGACCUGUGCUCAGCAAGCCCCGCAGACCGUAUUCAGGGUUGGACAUACGGCCGCCGCACACCGUCAUCGCCCUCAACAACGCCAUGUACUGGCGGGAGUUUGAGGACGCGUGCGUCUACGAGUGUCUGGACGGCAAAGACUGCCAGAGCUUCUUCUGCUGCUACGAGGAGUGCAAAGACGGGGGCUGGCGAAAAGGACGCAUCCACCUCGACCUGCUGGACCUGGACGCGUACGCUCGCGUCUUCUUUCCCACCUCCUUUCUGCUCUUCAAUGUGGUGUAUUGGGUGGGAUACCUCUACCUUUAGCCCGCCAACGGGAGAGCACGAACCCCACCGGAGGAACAGAGACCUCGCAGAGAUGGAGGGGAGGUGAACGAGAGCCCUGAUGUUCUCUGGAUUCUUGAAAGCAUCAAACUGUUGAAGAUGAACAGAGCUACGGAGACCUCUCUGACUUCAGGAAUAAGAACGACACUCUGAAGAACUCCGUUUGUAUACCAAAACACUCACAGGCCGGCGGACUAUUGCAGAGAUGCAGAGGAGCGAGAGGGAGGGGAGGGAGACAGAGAGAUGAUGAGGAGGACUUGAGCUGCGUUGUGUACCACAGGUCAGACCCAGUGGAGGAGCACCCAAGGGUGGGGUAGGAGUGUCCACAGUGCCUUCCUCCGAAGGGGUAGCAACUAUCAGCUACACUCAUCAGGGAAAUAAUGACCACAAUGCGCUUGCGGUCGUAGUCUUGGUGAACGAGGCAAAAGUUAAUGGAAGCAACACUGCGAGAGAUUCCCCCGGGACUAUGGCCCGUAGGCGGUGACUCAAUCCUCUUGUCACUUUAUGUAUUAAGCACCUAUAGUUGACUCUUAAAAAUCGGUACUCCAUUUUCUUUUUUUGUCCACCCCACUUUGUUUUUUAUGGGUUUUGAUUGAGUCUCACAGUUCUCAUGCUUUCGGCUGUACAGCAAUGGCCAGUAAUCAAGAACCGUGGGACUCAAUCAAAACACUAUGUAAUCAAAACAAAGUGGGGCGAGCAACAUUGCUGAUUGCCUCGUUUUUGAGAUUCAAAGCUGCAAUCACCUUGAUUAACAAUUGAUAGAACCAUUGGUAACACUUUAUACAAGUCAAGGAGUCUCGAUUUAUCUUUACAAUUGGUAAUAGAUCAUUGUACGUUAUUUACAAAAACCCUUAAUAUAGCACUAGCAUCAACUUCUGAAGAGUUACCCUCAUCAUUAUCAAAAGAAUAUGCUGGAUGACUUGAUAUCGGUGUUUUGGAAUAAAUCGAACACCACUGGGGAGGUCAAUUAAUGCACUGAGCUAGCUUUUUUUUUUUUCUUUUUUUUUUAAACACAACAAAUGACAAUAAUUGAAAAAAAAAAAACAUUAUGUACAAUAUACUGACAUCCACAGGCCUUUACCUUUAAUUAUGUAUCUCAGUGUUCAUCCCUACUACAAAACACAACAUAGAGUUAGCUUAGUUCAUUUCCAAAUGGUUUGAUCUUAGUCACAUCUGUGCUAAGAUCAAUGCUAGCACCAUGGAAUUGCCUUAGAGUAUUACAUCCAGAGCUGAGAUGAGCAAAGGGAAAAGUCAUAUCCAUCCAUUUAUAUAUAUAUAUAUAUAUAUAUAUAUAUAUAUAUGAAAAAACAUUCAUAGUAGUUGAUCCAUACAUGGUCCGAGUUAAAGCAUUUGAGCUUGUUUGAUAUAAUUGCGACUUAUGUGCCAAAUAGUUCACGUAUGUGCCAAGUUAUUCUUGUUUUCUUAAAUGAUACCGUUAAUGAAAUCAUUUCAGAGACUUUUGAUCAAGCACACGUAGUAACACUGGGAAUUGGUUGUGGAAGGGUUAAGGUGACGAUUAAGUAUUGACAUUUUAUUCAUAAUAAAAUACCCAUGUCAAGCCCAUUUCAAUACAGUUGCAUUAGCAACUGUUAUCACUGUUAGUCACUCGGACGAUUAGGUUUGUGAGCUUUGGUUCUCAAUUGCUUCAGUAUUCAACAAACGUUCACGUAUGACUUCUAGGCCUUACUGUUUUGAUAUACUUGUGUGGAUGUUGGUGGUUUAUAAUUGCUGGUGGGGUAUACUGUUGUGUUGUUGCUGCUGCUGCUGUUUAUUCUGGUUCCCUGCAGCAGAGGCGGUUCUCAGGGGCAGCAAUAAUAAGGUCCUUGGAGUGGUGCUACACUGUACAAUAUGGCCCUCUUUUAAAUCAUCUUUGGAAUAAAGCACUCCACAUCAAGUGCUGUGAGUGUUGGGUGUACCACACUCUGGCUCAAAUUCACCCGAAACGUUUUAUAGAUAGAUAGGACUUUAUACUCUGGGGUAUUCAUAAGAAAAUAUUAAAAUGUGUAUCGUAUUAGUUUGUUUGUUUUAAGUCUGUGACAGACAGUGCUUUCAUUUUGAUCGCCACAUGUAAAAAAACAAACAGGAUUUAUUGAUAGAUUAGGAGAAGAAAUGGAAGAUUUGAAAUCCAUCCUGUAAUGCAUUUUGGGAUUUGAUGUGUAAAACAUUUCUGAAAGCGAUGCAGAGACGUAGGGGCCCGAAGUGAAGUGCUAAAUGUUACAGCCCCAAACCUGAUGUGUGGUUACUACAGUCAUGUAAUGUUUGGGUGUUUGGUUAUGCUUCACAUAUGAUGUUAGACAGUAUGUGGAACAGCACAACAUAGGUGAUGGGGUUUACAUGCAACAUUCAUCCAUAUCCGACUUUUCACACAUUCAUGAGCAAUUCAUAUUUAUAAUGGAUUAUACAUUCAUGCGACAUGUAGCAGGUUUAAAAAAUUAAUAAACGGCAGACAAAUUCAUAUCCAGUUGAAUGCACAUUUAAAUUGCUACACAUUUUUGCCAACAAAAUAUUAUUCAUACCAGAAUACAUUAUACAUUACUAUAAUUUAAGGAAAACCAUUUUUCCAAAGGUUAUUUUUCCAGUCUCCUGUGAUUGCCAUAACUUUCAGUACAACCGACAGAAAACGACAUGCGGACCACCAAGGAAGCUGGAACUAACUAUCACCUUGGUAUUAUUUAACAUGUAUAUCUAGCACUUAACAUUAAAAUAUAUUCUUUGUAUUAGCUACCUUUAAAUACAAGUUUAAUAAAUACAAAUUCCAACUAUGUUUUGUUGGUUUGAAAAAGACACAAAAAAUAAAAAGUGUUAUUUUUUUAAAGACACAUUUAUGGCCCUCAAAUAGUUUAAUUAAACAAUAAAUGGAAUGAGAAUUAAUGAUUGUUUCCCGGGAUAGUAUUACAGGGGACACGUGAGAAAUGUAUUAUUUUGAUGCUGUAAUAAGUUCAAUGACACAGCCAGGCCAGCCAAUGUCCAACCUAAUUACACCAAAACAUAACUCAUCUUGGUAGAGGUGCAAAGCAUCAAUCCCAUCCCAAUUACCGUUACUGUGAAGAAUAAAAAACCAAAGACUAACUGUUUCCUUAGAAUUAACAGAUAUAAAAUACAUAUUUCAUCAAGAAACUUUACAUUCUAACUGCCGUACGAUUUGGCUGACGAACUUCGAAUCAAACUGUAAAAUUAGAACCAUUCCAUGAAUGUCUCUCUGUUGUACAAAGUUCACAUUUAGUGAACGUUCACAUUUGUCUCAUAAAUAUCACGGAGCAUCUGCCAUUUUCCCAGACAUUUAUUAUUCAGUGUUUUAUUUAAACAACUCCACAUGCGGAGGAGUCAUAUUAAACAUACUUAAAUCCAUCUUUGGAUAUCCACGAUGGACUUAAGUGUUCAAAUUACAAUUUAAAUGACAUUAAAAGUCAUAGAUAAAUUGAGAUAAUACAGUACGCUGUAGUUCAUGCUUAAAACUGCUAUCAAUAUUUCAUAGACACAGACUCAAUGUUUUUAGUAUUUCAGGAGGUACUGUCCAGUGUAUUGAUGCUGUGAUGCCAUUUAAAAUCACGUUGGUUGAACUAAUGUAAUGCUUUCAUCUACAAUCUAAAAACAUGCAGUAAUUCCAUGUGAAAGUACUGAACAGUUAGAAGGCAUAAUAUAUGAAUUUAUUUUCUCUUCAUGAUGUAUAUCAUUGCGUUCUAUAUCUCAAUACUUCAGAAGCAGUUUGUUAAAAUUAUUAGAAGAGAAGGGAAAGGUAUUUUAGUAGUAGGAAUUGGUUUUAUCUAUCCUGGACAAAGACUGUAUAUUUCUUGUUUAGCUGUAUUUGUAUGAUUGUCUUUUGACAUAAUAAAUGCCAAGAAAGAUGACCAUUGUAUCAACCGGCACAUCGUGUUCAUAACUGAUUACAAGUGGUAAUAAAACUGUUAAAAAAACGCUUAUAAACCGAUCAUUAUCAAGCAUUCCAACAUGCCAAACCCUACACUGCUAAAAAUACUAGGUAACCAAAUACGCAAACCCCCCAUUUUAAUAAGGACCUUAUCAAGUGCCCAAGGUUACAUUCUCAGGGCCCAACUUAACGCAAGGUAAGUGUG